CUUUUUUAAAAUUUCAAGCAAGUCUGUCUCUUUUGCCACCGGAAAAGAAACCCUGAACCUCAUCUUCCUCUUUCAACUCUCAUUUCCCCUGCCCUCUAACGGAGCGUUACCUAAGCUUCUCGCCGCCGUCCACCGCUACCGAAUCUUCGUUCUCCAUCUUCCUCGUCUGAUCUGUGACCGUGACACAGUCGAGCUCUCCAGCAGCAUCUGGGUCUUUUCUUUCUCAUCUGGUUCCCAAUGGCAGACAAGGACUCGGACCCUUCUCUCGGCUACCUCACUCGCAAAGAGACGGAGGUGAAGCUCCCUCGUCCCACCCGCGUGAAAAACAAGACCCCUGCCCCCGUUCAGAUCACCGCCGAACAAAUCCUCCGGGAAGCUCGCGAGCGCCAAGAGGCCGAGAUCCGACCCCCCAAGCAGAAGAUCACCGACCCCUCCGAGCUCGCCGACUACCGCCUCCGCAAGCGCAAGGAGUUCGAAGACCUAAUCCGACGAGUUCGCUGGAACACCGGCGUCUGGAUCAAGUACGCCCAAUGGGAAGAGUCGCAGAAGGACUUCAAUCGAGCUCGCUCCGUUUGGGAGCGCGCGCUCGAGGUCGAUUAUCGGAACCAUACCCUCUGGCUCAAGUACGCCGAGGUGGAGAUGAAGAACAAGUUCAUCAACCACGCCAGGAAUGUUUGGGACCGUGCAGUCACCCUUUUGCCCCGGGUUGAUCAGCUCUGGUACAAGUACAUUCACAUGGAGGAGAUGCUCGGAAACGUUGCCGGUGCCCGGCAGAUUUUUGAGAGGUGGAUGAGUUGGGAGCCGGACCAGCAAGGGUGGCUUUCAUACAUAAAAUUUGAACUCCGGUACAACGAGGUUGAGCGGGCGAGAGGUAUUUUUGAGAGGUUCGUUCAGUGCCACCCAAAAGUUGGGGGUUGGAUUCGGUUUGCCAAGUUUGAGAUGAAGAACGGUGAGGUUGCGAGAGCCAGGAAUUGCUACGAGAGGGCAGUGCAGAAAUUGGCCGAAGAUGAAGAGGCGGAGCUGCUGUUUGUGGCUUUUGCUGAGUUUGAAGAGCGCUGCAAGGAGAUGGAAAGGGCUAGGUGUAUUUAUAAAUUUGCAUUGGAUCAUAUUCCAAAAGGUAGUGCUGAAGAUUUAUAUAGAAAGUUUGUGGCAUUUGAGAAGCAGUAUGGGGACAGGGAGGGAAUAGAGGAUGCCAUCGUGGGGAAGAGGAGGUUUCAGUACGAAGAUGAGGUGAGGAAGAAUCCCCUUAACUAUGACUCUUGGUUUGAUUAUAUUAGGUUGGAAGAAAAUGUGGGGAACAAGGAAAGGAUUAGGGAAGUUUAUGAGCGAGCAAUUGCUAAUGUCCCUCCAGCCGAGGAGAAGCGGUAUUGGCAGAGAUAUAUUUAUUUGUGGAUUAAUUAUGCUUUGUAUGAGGAACUUGAUGCAAAAGACAUGGAGCGUACGAGAGAUGUAUAUAGGGAGUGUCUCAAGCUGAUUCCUCAUGAGAAAUUCUCAUUUGCAAAGAUUUGGCUGUUGGCUGCUCAGUUUGAAAUACGGCAGUUGAAUCUCAAGGCUGCCAGGCAAAUUCUGGGCAAUGCCAUCGGAAAGGCUCCUAAAGAUAAGAUCUUCAAGAAGUAUAUUGAAAUAGAGUUGCAGCUUGGUAAUAUUGAUCGUUGCCGAAAACUCUAUGAGAAGUAUUUGGAGUGGUUGCCUGAGAACUGCUAUGCAUGGAGCAAGUAUGCUGAAUUGGAGAGAUCUUUGUCUGAAACUGAGCGAGCGAGGUCUAUUUUUGAGCUUGCCAUCGCCCAACCUGCAUUGGAUAUGCCAGAGUUGUUGUGGAAGGCAUAUAUUGACUUUGAGAUAUCGGAGGGUGAAUUUGGAAGAACAAGAGAGCUUUAUGAGAGGCUUUUGGACCGAACUAAACACUUGAAGGUGUGGAUUAGUUAUGCAAAGUUUGAGGCAUCUGCCAUGGAGGAGGAUGGAAAGGAUUUGAACCUGCAAGAAAUUGAUGUCGAGGGAUCUCUUCAGGAGCUAAGGGAGCAAUGCCUUUUGCGGGCCAGAAGGAUCUUUGAGAGAGCCAUUAAUUACUUUCGAACAUCUGCACCUGAGCUGAAAGAGGAAAGGGCCAUGCUUUUGGAUGAGUGGAUGAAGGUUGAGAAAAGCUUUGGUGAGCUUGGUGACAUUAAUGUAGUCCAGGUUAAGAUGCCAAAGAAACUCAAAAAGAGGCGGCCGGUAGUAACUGAGGAUGGUCCAGCUGGGAUGGAGGAGUACAUAGAUUACCUAUUCCCCGAGGAAACCCAAACGACUAAUCUCAAGAUUCUAGAAGCUGCAUACAAAUGGAAGAAGCAAAAGCUGGUUUCCCAUGAUGAGUAACACAUUUUUUUGGGGUGGGUGUUCGGGGUGGGCUGUUUUCAUUUUUUUUUUGUUGCUCUCUAUUGAUAGCACAAUGUACAUAAUGCAUGACUAGCAGUGUUCGUCCCUUGUUUGUUUGUAGCCUGUACAGUAGAUAUGCGACUUGUUGCAAUUUUAGCCGCUAUAGAUCAAAAUUCUUACCGUUCAUUCGACAA